AUGUUGGUGCUCAGGCAAAUCGAGGGGUCUCUGCCUUGCGCGAAGAAGACCCUUGACGUCCUGCGCUUGAUCGUGACCAACAAGAAGCACAGCACGGCUGCGGCGCUCAUCGACGAAAUGCGUUCUGUGGGGUAUAAAAUGCAGACUGCACGUCCCGUUGAGCUGGCAAUCGGCAACAUGGUCCGCAGAGUUUUGCACAUCAUCCGCGAGGAAGCCAAGCAGGAGGAGUUCGAUGACGUCAAACCCACGUUGACACAGCCCUCAACGCAGGAAGCGAUGCGCAACCCGGUAUGCAAAGAGUCAUGGCACCGUGUUUUGCUUUCCCCACACGAGGUGAUUGAGUCCAUCAACGAAUUGAUUGACGAGCUUGACCAUAUACAGGGCAGCAUUACGGCGCAGGGCGUGGAGCACAUACACGCUAACGAGGUAAUCCUGACCAUGGGUAUGUCGGACACGACCUACCUCUUCCUGAAAGAAGCCGCCAAGAAGCGCGAGUUCCAGGUCGUCGUGGCGGAGGGCGCUCCCCGCUUCGACGGCCACCUCAUGGCCCGGAGGCUGGCGGAUGCGGGCAUCCAAACAACACUCAUCGCUGAUUCGGCCGUGUACGCCAUGAUGGCGCGAGCUAACAAGGUGCUGGUGGGGGCCCACGCGGUGUUGGCGAACGGCGGUGUGGUGGCCCCGGUGGGGAUGCACCUGGUGGCGCUGUCGGCCCGGCGCCAUUCCAUCCCCUUCGUGGUGCUCGUGGGGCUGCACAAACUGUCACCGUUAUUUCCAACCGACCCGGAUUUGCUGUAUAACGCGGCGACUGCUGGGGGGGUCGGUGCACCCCCUCGGUGGAACCCCCUCCCCGGCAAUGUACACGUGCCGACACCCCUGUUCGACUACGUGCCGCCGCACCUCAUCUCACUCUUCAUCACGGAUAUGGGCGGUCGUACACCGUCGUACGUGUACCGCCUCCUGACCGAGUAUUAUUCCCGGAAUGAUUACUUUUUGUCUCGGGAGGUGUUCGGGAAGGACGGUGUACGGUGA